UGUAUGGGGGAUGGGGAGUGGAGUGUAUUGUUAAGUCUCAAUAAGAACUGACUCACUUCUCCAUGCCCAAGAAAUCCAGGAGACGUGCAGGGCAAAUAGCAGCUCAUCCUUUCUGCACUUUCUUUCUUUUGCUUUAUAAAAAUCAUUUCAUAGAAAUUGCACAAGUCCUUCAUUGCUGCUCUUAAAAAAAGCAACUUCAUCUCUGAGCUCAGUCCUGCUGCUCCAACUCCUGGAAUUGUGCGGAUCCCACAACUUUUCCCUCUUGCUGGAAUUCUCUCAAGGUGUCUUCAAAAGCUGCACAUUUCCUAAAGGGACAGAUGGUUUAAAUUACUGCUGUUUUUAACUUAAAACACUUUUUUUUAAUUUAUUUUUUUAUCUUAGUUCCUUUCUACAAUCAUUGGAUUCCUGGGAGAAUUUUUAAAGUUAUGAAAGUUUCUGGAAGAGGAUUUUCUUUUGAAAAACAUUAAGCCUUUUUUUUUUUUUUUUAAAGAUUUUAGUGAGUCUUUUUUAAAGAUUUUUUUUUUUUUUUUUACCCUACUAAUAUAAGGAAUAUAAGUUGGACGUGCGGAGACAAAAAGAGAUCAAGAAAAAAAAACCUGGAAACAGGAGCCGUGCAAAGCUUGUCUCGUGCCUGACACUGGAGGUCUCAUGGAUUCGGGCAGUGUGCACUAGCCAACUUGGGAUGUUCUCCGGAAGGUCCCUCCUCCUUUGGGGUGUCCUGCUUGGCGCUGCUUUAUCAGUUGCCCGGCCCCCUUCCACCCUCCCUGAUGAAGUCGCCCCUAAAACCAAAACGGAAGUGGAGCCAUAUUCAGCUCGGCCAGGAGACACAGUAACUUUGCAGUGCAGGCUUCGAGAAGAUGUUCAGAGCAUCAGCUGGGUGAAAAAUGGAGUUCAGCUUUUGGAGACUAACCGCACGCGCAUAACAGGGGAGGAGAUCCAAAUUUCCAACGCAGGGCCGGAGGACAAUGGGCUGUAUGCCUGUGUUACUAUCGGGCCUUCUGGAACAUAUACAGUAUUAUUCUCCAUUAAUGUAUCAGAUGCGCAGCCUUCGGCCGAGGACGACGAUGAUGAUGAUGACAAUUCAUCCUCUGAGGAGAAAGCUUCGGAGAACUCCAAACCGAACCGUCCCUUUUGGUCACACCCAGAAAAGAUGGAGAAGAAGCUUCAUGCCGUGCCGGCAGCAAAAACGGUGAAAUUUAGGUGUCCGGCAAAUGGCACUCCAUCGCCCGCACUUCGCUGGUUGAAGAAUGGCAAGGAGUUCCGACCCGAUCAGCGCAUUGGUGGAUAUAAGGUCCGUUCUCAAACAUGGAGCCUUAUUAUGGAUUCCGUUGUCCCAUCUGAUAAAGGAAAUUACACUUGUAUUGUGGAGAACAAGUAUGGCACCCUCAACCACACGUACCAGUUGGAUGUUGUCGAGCGUUCCCCACACCGCCCUAUCCUACAAGCCGGUCUCCCAGCAAAUACAAGUGUUACUGUGGGAAGCACCGCCGAGUUUUCCUGCAAAGUGUACAGCGACCCCCAGCCUCACAUCCAGUGGCUCAGGCACAUAGAGAUUAACGGCAGUAGAGUGGCCUCGGAUGGCUUCCCGUAUGUGGAGAUCCUCAAGACUGCAGGAGUCAACACCUCGGACAAGGAUAUGGAGGUUCUCCACCUGAGAAAUGUUACUUUUGAGGAUGCUGGCCAGUAUACCUGCUUGGCCGCUAACUCCAUUGGGAUCUCUCAUCAUUCUGCAUGGUUGACCGUUCUUGAAGUUGAGGACGAUAAACCCGCACUUCUGGCCUCCCCUUUACAACUGGAGAUUAUCAUCUACUGCACGGGGGCUGCCUUUGUGUCCGCCAUGGUGGUCACCAUCAUUAUCUUUAAAAUGAAGCACCCGUCGAAGAAGUCGGACUUCAACAGCCAGCUGGCUGUGCACAAGCUCGCCAAGAGCAUCCCGCUGCGCAGACAGGUUUCAGGGGACUCCAACUCAUCAAUGCACUCUGGAGUGAUAUUGGUUAGGCCUUCGCGCCUUUCUUCCAGUGGGACACCCAUGUUGUCUGGAGUCUCGGAAUAUGAGCUUCCGGAAGAUCCACGAUGGGAAGUGGCAAGGGACAGGCUGAUCCUUGGGAAACCUCUCGGAGAAGGCUGCUUUGGGCAGGUAGUAAUGGCGGAGGCUAUAGGCCUGGACAAGGAGAAGCCUAACCGAGUAACAAAAGUCGCCUUGAAGAUGCUGAAGUCUGAUGCAAAUGAAAAGGACCUGUCUGAUCUGAUUUCCGAGAUGGAAAUGAUGAAAAUGAUUGGAAAACACAAAAAUAUCAUUAAUUUACUUGGUGCCUGCACCCAGGACGGUCCACUCUAUGUAAUUGUCGAAUAUGCUUCCAAGGGGAACCUGAGAGAGUACUUACGGGCCAGACGCCCGCCGGGCAUGGAGUACUGCUACAACCCUAUGUGUGCCCCCGAUCAGCUGCUUUCCUUCAAAGAUCUGGUGUCGUGUGCUUACCAGGUAGCACGUGGGAUGGAAUACCUCGCCUCUAAAAAGUGCAUCCACAGAGACCUGGCUGCAAGGAAUGUUUUAGUAACGGAAGACAACGUAAUGAAGAUUGCCGAUUUCGGCUUAGCCCGUGAUAUCCAUCACAUUGACUAUUACAAGAAGACCACAAAUGGUCGACUGCCUGUAAAAUGGAUGGCCCCGGAAGCCCUGUUUGACCGGAUUUACACUCAUCAGAGUGAUGUCUGGUCGUUUGGCGUGCUGCUGUGGGAGAUUUUCACACUUGGGGGCUCUCCGUACCCUGGUGUCCCUAUGGAAGAGCUCUUUAAGUUACUUAAGGAAGGGCACAGAAUGGAUAAACCCACUAACUGCACCAACGAGUUGUAUAUGAUGAUGAAGGACUGUUGGCAUGCCAUGCCAUCUCAAAGACCAACAUUCAAUCAGCUGGUUGAGGAUCUUGACCGAAUUCUUGCUCUGAGUUCCAAUCAGGAGUAUCUUGAUCUUUCCAUGCCAGUCAAUCAGUAUUCUCCAUGUUUCCCAGACACUCGAAGUUCCACGUGUUCUUCAGGCGAGGACUCCGUGUUCUCUCACGACCCCCUCCCCGAUGAGCCCUGCCUUCCCAAAUACUCCAAUGGUGGACUAAAAAAACGCUGACCUUGGGGGUUCUUUUGGGGUUCUUCUCCAUAAAUUCCAUUUGAAGGACAUUUUGUUUCAAGCAUUCCAGAAAUGCCACAAGUUCCUCAGAAGCACGGUACAAUUCCACUCCUACAUCUUCAGCCUUAUUCCUUACCACAUGCCUUUUAUAGGAGGUACUUUUUUUUGGUUGUGGUUGAAACCAAAACCAAUCUUCCUAACGUUGACCCGCAGCCAGUGCACUUUCUAAAACUCAACAAGUGUCAAGAUCUGCGCCAUGUGAUGUUGGCAAUGUCAUGGGAACUUAUGAAGUAGAAAGGAUGCCAACUCUUUUGAUAUUCCUCAAUUUUAUGAGAUUUUAUUUUCUUGACCUCAUCGAAGUAUCAACACGUGACUUGUGUCCAUAACCUUCUCGAACACUCCAGACUACCUUUUUAAGACACUUUUUCCACUUUUAUUUUGGCUUUGUCUGCACUGUCUGAGCUUAAGACGUAAUAUCAGCUUUUGGUGGAAAAUAUUCAUGGACAACACCUCCUUCCUACAACUCCUUGUAGCUAGGUUAGGCUUUCUGCUUUCUCCGAAGAAGCCGAUACUUCUCCAUAUUCCAAUGCAAGAGGUGCUGUUGCUUGAACUGAAGGAAGACCUCAUUAUAAGCUACAUAACAUCUCUGCUUCCUGAAUGUUUAUUAUGUACAAGGUGGAUUCUCAUAAGUCUUAAUUGAGCAAGAACCUGAAUAAAGGCACAAGAUAUGGACUGUGCCAUUGUGCAAAGUGAUUUUAUUCAGGAAUUUUUGUGGUCAGUUAAUGGUACGAUCAAUAUGGCAGUUGACCUGCAACGUGUUUACUAGAGGUUUGACUGAAGGCAUGUGUUUCAGUGAAAGCCCCAUAUAAAGUCAGCUUGAGGCUUUAUCUCAACCCUAAGGACCAUGUUAGAUUGUCCAGAAAACAUGGUAAAUAGUCAGAUUUUAUCCUAAUAAAAAAUGGGCCGGGCGGGGAAUCCAAUAACGCUUUCCUUUUGUAUAUAGCUAGAAAAUGUAUAAAUAUGAAUUAUAUAUUUACAUGUCUUUUUAAGAAAAAAAAAGUUACAAAAUAUAUACCAGGUCAGUAGUAAAGUGGCUGGUAGUUGACAGUUGCUAUAAAAAAAUAUCUUAUAUUUUGCUAUGUUUUCAGUUUGUAUUUUUUUAAAUUAUGUUCUAAAACUUUCUUAUUCCCGGUACAAGUCCCUAAAUAAAGAGAAUUGGCUUCA